AUGGCUCUCAAGAGUCGCAUCUCGUCACCACUGGAGGCCGGCACCUCCAUCCUCGACGUCCAGAACCUGCCGCCCCAUCUUAAUGAAGCUUUGGAAUACGCUUCCAAGCGUCUCGCCAGGAAGUCUCUCCACGUCACCCUCGUCGUCGCUCGGCGCGAGUACCAGCUUCCCACCCUCCUCCCGCCCUCAUCUUCCUCUUCCUCCUCUUCAGUUUACUCUUCGUCUUCGGUCAUGUCCUCGCCCACAAUGUCGCCGCCAGCCUCAGCCUCCAGCAGCUCCUCUUCCUCGUCCUCCCGCUUCAACUUCAAGAAGCUGGUCAGGUCAAACACGGGCUCCAGCAUCUCCUCCAUGUCCUCCAUCUCCUCGGCCGGCAGCGAUGCCACGGCCGCUGCCCCCGAUACUCUCGUCUUCACGCCCUCAUUCCUCAUGGACAUCAACGGCCCGAGGCUGCGCUGGCCCCUGUCGCCGGGCAUUCCCCUCUCGCCGCCGCCCAUGACGCCCUCCACCGCCUCAUCCACCAUCACCGACGCCUCGGGCCCCAUGUCGCCCAACCCUUUUGGCAUCCGCCUUGUCCACGCGGACCUGCUCACCGACAAGCAGGAGAGGACACUGCGCCAAACCAUUGAGCGUGCCGAGAAGAAGUUCCGCAUCGGAACCGAAUGGCUUCCCCCCGUCGUCGAUGGCUCCGCAUGUGGCCUGACGAGCAACCUCAUCCGCCGCUCCAUCGUGCAGAACGAGGUCCUCUUCGCCUCCGAGGGCCUCACCCUCGUCUCCCUAGACCGCCUCUACACCUUCAAGGCAGCGCUCUCAAGCUAUUCCCGCACCGGCGCCCCGCUCCGCCUUGAAGACGCCGUCGACGAGCUCCGCAGACUUGUCCUCUCGCGCGCCAGCCGGAAAGUCUCCAAGUCAGACCUGCUCCGCUCCUAUGACUGGCUCAGCGUCACGGACGCCGCCCUCGCCGACGUCGACAAGAUGUACCGCCGAGCCUAUGGCGGGCCCGACCGCGUCGGCGCUAUCGAAGGCGUCGGGUCCGCGGCGCAGGUGGAGAGAACCGUGAGGGAGCUCGAGAGGGAGCUCAACGAGACCUUGGCCGCCGCCGUCGACACCAUCCGCAUCGCCAAGCCGCCCUCGCCCAAGGGCCCCACACUGAAGCUGCAGACAAACUUCGAUACCAAGCCCCAGCCGCCGCCGCGGGAGGUCCAGGGGGAGGACGUCUCCGAGGACGACGAGGACCUUACGGCUCGGCCGGAGCGCCAGCCGCCCGUGUCAAUCUGGAGCCCCGUCUCCAUCGCCGAGGUCCUGCACGACGACAGGCAGCAAACGGGCCCGAUGACACCCAACGGGUACGAUGACAUCUCUCCCAUCACCCGCGGCGAGUGGGGGUUCCUCAUGGGACCCAGCAAGGUCGGAGGCGGCCGCACUGCGCCGGUCAUGACUUGCUGA